CGGAUAACCGGUCCUAAGAAGCCUCUUCCAUAGAACGCUGACUGGGGUUUGUGACAUUUUAGUAUUAUUUUCCCACGCCAUGUAAUUACUUAUGUUCCUUCACCAGGCACUUGAUAUCACAUUGCACAGUAUCCUCGUCCCUUCUCUGCAGUAUUUCUCACUGCUAUGCUAAGGUUGCGUUUCUGAGGAGUCGGACCACUCCGAUUCACAUGUUCAUGAGACAAAUUCUACUCAUUUUUUCUCGAAACUCCAGUACAGCAAGUGCAUAAUAGGCGCCUUGAGGCUGUGGCGUUGGAUAAAGUGGCAUGAUGGCUGUUCUUUUCCUUCCUUCCCCCGCCUGCUCCUGCACUGCUCGCCAUGAUUGCAGGCCAUGUUGCAUACAUUCUCAACAUAUUGAAGAAAUGGCUUUCACGACUUGCACGUCGCUCUGCGACUUUAUUCUUCGUUGUCUUGUCUUCACUGCGUCGCUUUUUAGCAGGUCAUUUGAAGCUCGGUGAUCGGAGAUUGAUUACUCGUUUUCCCAGUGCAGUGCUCCCGCGAUCUCAAGAGGAUAUCAAAGGACAGGGUCCACCCAUCUGCCCGAGCCUUCUGCCGCCUGGUCAAAUGAGGCAGGAAGCUGGAGAGGAGCCUCCAUCGCCCUCAGAUGAUCCUUACACAGGAUCUCAUUCACAACAUCCACGACCUUUACGAAAAGGUACAGCGAUUCCUCCAUUGGACGCUAAUCCAACAACGAUGGAACAUACUAGUCCCACUCAAACAGAUGGGUUUCAUCAAGGCACUGUGUCGAGUUCACACCUGUCUCUGCAUAUGGAAGAGAGGUCUGUAAAAAACAAGAUAUUGCCUAAGGAUGGGGCACCGCAGGAGCUCAGCAGUACAGGCCCUUCGCACCUUUCUGUCCUCCAUGCUUUAUCCACAACACAUUCACGACCACGAGGAUAUAUGGACGAUACUCAUUCUUUUAAUACAACGCGCACGCCAUCCGUGAGGCAUAUGGUGCCUGGUACGCCUUAUUACCAACACGCCUCCAGUAGUCGUGUUUCAGUGAGCACGGGUCGCUCCUUUACACGAUCGAUUGCUGGGUCGGAAGUCCGACAAGCUGCAUAUCGAACACACACGGGACCUGUCCAUUCUCGCCCAAUUAGCGUCUGUAGUAUCAUGGAUGGACACCACGGAUCCACGAACACGAUUUCUAUGCCAUUGGAUUCAUCUGCCCAUCCUGUCCCGGUGUCAGAUCAUGGUUUCGAUCACAGUAUACAUUACAUUGCACCCCCCGGCAGCGACGAGCAGCUACCGGGCCAAGAUAUCGUCAUGGUCUAUGACGGCCCGCCGCUAAGCUCUAUGGUUCCGGAUAAUGUCCAGAGAUAUGGCAGGUGCCGUUUCCGGUGAACAUUAGUCUGCCUUCUUGCAUUUAUCCAAGAGCUGAC